UGCUGUACAAAAUGAUAUUCCUCACGGCGCUGCCCCUGUUUUGGAUCAUGAUUUCAGCCUCUCGAGGGGGCCACUGGGGCGCUUGGAUGCCUUCGUCCAUCUCGGCCUUCGAGGGUACAUGCGUCUCCAUCCCCUGCCGCUUCGACUUCCCAGACGAGCUGCGGCCUGCCGUGGUGCAUGGUGUCUGGUACUUCAAUAGCCCCUAUCCCAAGAACUAUCCGCCGGUGGUCUUCAAGUCUCGCACACAAGUUGUCCAUGAGAGCUUCCAGGGCCGCAGCCGCCUCCUGGGCGACCUGGGCCUGCGCAACUGCACCCUUCUGCUCAGCAACCUCAGCCCGGAGCUGGGCGGCAAGUACUACUUCCGGGGAGACCUAGGGGGCUACAACCAGUACACCUUCUCAGAGCACAGCGUCCUGGACAUCAUCAACACCCCCAACAUUGUGGUGCCCCCUGAGGUGGUGGCAGGCACGGAGGUGGAGGUCAGUUGCAUGGUGCCGGACAACUGCCCAGAACUGCGUCCAGAGCUCGGCUGGCUGGGCCACGAAGAGAUCGGGGAGCCAGCUGUGCUGGGCCGGCUGCGGGAGGACGAGGGCACCUGGGUCCAGGUGUCGCUCCUGCACUUCGUGCCCACCAGGGAGGCCAACGGCCACCGGCUGGGCUGCCAGGCCUCCUUCCCCAACACCAGCUUGCAGUUCGAGGGCUAUGCCAGCCUAGACGUCAAAUACCCCCCCAUGAUUGUGGAGAUGAACUCCUCCGUAGAGGCCAUCGAGGGCUCCCACGUCAGCCUGCUCUGUGGGGCCGACAGCAACCCGCCCCCACUGCUGACUUGGAUGCGGGACGGGACGGUUCUCCGGGAGGCUGUGGCCGAGAGUCUGGUCUUGGAGCUGGAAGAGGUGACCCCAGGGGAGGAUGGCGUCUACGCCUGCCUGGCCGAGAACGCCUAUGGCCAGGACAACCGCACCGUGGAACUCAGCGUCAUGUAUGCACCCUGGAAGCCGACGGUGAACGGGACAGUGGUGGCCGUUGAGGGGGAGACGGUGUCCAUUUUGUGCUCCACACAGAGCAAUCCGGAUCCCAUUCUCACCAUCUUCAAGGAGAAGCAGAUCUUAGCCACGGUCAUCUACGAGAGUGAGCUGCAGCUGGAGCUGCCAGCGGUCACACCAGAAGAUGACGGAGAGUACUGGUGUGUGGCCGAGAACCAAUAUGGCCAGAGGGCCACUGCCUUCAACCUCUCUGUGGAGUUUGCCCCCAUGAUCCUCCUGGAGUCCCAUUGUGCAGCGGCCCGUGACACCGUGCAGUGCCUGUGUGUGGUGAAGGCCAACCCAGAGCCAGCCGUGGCCUUCGAAUUGCCCUCGCGCAACGUGACGGUGAACGAGACUGAGCGGGAAUUUGUGUACUCAGAACGCAGUGGCCUCCUGCUCACCAGCAUCCUGACGCUGCGCGGGCAGGCCCAGGCCCCGCCCCGGGUCAUCUGCACUGCCCGCAACCUCUACGGCACCAAGAGCCUGGAGCUGCCCUUCCAGGGAGCCCAUCGCUUAAUGUGGGCCAAAAUCGGGCCUGUGGGAGCCGUGGUCGCCUUUGCCAUCCUCAUUGCCAUCGUCUGCUACAUCACCCAGACUCGCAGAAAAAAGAAUGUGGCAGAGAGCCCCAGCUUCUCAGCAGGGGACAAUCCCCCUGUCCUGUUCAGCAGUGACUUCCGCAUCUCUGGGGCUCCGGAGAAAUACGAGAGCGAGAAGCAUUUAGGAUCUGAAAGGAGGCUGCUGGGCCUUCGGGGGGAGCCCCCAGAGCUGGACCUGAGCUAUUCCCACUCGGACCUGGGCAAACGACCCACCAAGGACAGCUACACCCUGACGGAAGAGCUGGCAGAGUACGCUGAGAUCCGUGUCAAAUGAUGGGAUCGGGCGAUUGGUGCAGUCAAGCCAUCAGGAUCCUUGCUGGUGCCCGCUGACUGUGGGCUCCACUCCUCCCAAAAGUAGGGGGACUGGGGCAGGAAAAGGGUGGGCAGCAGUUUCGGGUCCUGGGGGCCUGGCGCCUGUACCUUCCCAGCUGCUGCCCCCUGCCCCACCCCACCCGCCAACUCCCCUCACCGUGGCUCCUCUCCAACCUUCCUUUAACCUCAUCCGUCUGGAGGGGAACAUUGUCUGUCCGUGUUAUUUAUUUUUACCUUCUGCCUGGUUCCUGCCCCACCCCCCCACCUCCAUUCCUAGUCCUGGGCUUUUACAAAAGGGACAAGAAAUAAAUGCCCCAGAGCCAAA